AUGACAGACAAGUCACAAUUCGAAGAAGGUACGUUGUCCACCUUCCAUGAGACUGAAAUAUUAAAGAUCAAGACUCAUGAUAAAUUUCCAGGCUACAAGGUGCCGGUCACGGACCAGAGCUUCCCCGGCAAGGAGGGAAAACUGCCCGUCACCCCUCUUUUCGACAGAGUCCCAACUGCAGAUGGCGGCUCUAAGCUGUACCAAGCUGCAGGGAAGCUCGAUGGCCUGAAAGCUGUCAUCACUGGUGGCGACUCUGGCAUCGGUCGCGCAACAGCAAUCCUCUUCGCCAUGGAGGGCGCCGACUCUCUCAUUGCGUAUCUCCCUGACGAGGAGGAGGAUGCUCAGGAAACCAAGAAGCGUGUCGAGUCCUACGGCCGCAAAUGCCACCUUAUUGCGACCGAUAUCACUGAUGCCGCCAACUGCCAAAAGAUUGUCGACACUGCGCUGGAGAAACUCGGUGGUAUCGACAUCCUUUUCAACAAUGCCGCAUAUCAGAUGAUGGUUGAGAACAUUCAAGACUUGAAGGAGGAUCAAUGGAUUCAUACCUUCAACACCAAUAUCCACCCCAUUUUCUACCUAUCUAAAUACGCCUUACCUCACAUGAAGAAGGGUGCAACCAUCAUCAACAACGCCAGCAUCAAUGCUUAUAUCGGCCGUCCCGAUCUCUUGGACUACACCUCCACCAAGGGUGCCAUCAUCUCCUUCACUCGAGGAUUGAGCAAUCAGUACUGCGCUAAGGGCAUCCGCGUCAACGCGAUUGCACCCGGUCCUGUCUGGACUCCGCUGAUCCCCGCGACCAUGAACGAAAAGGCACAGAAGGAGUUUACAAGUCCCAUUGGACGCCCGUCGCAACCUUCAGAGAUCGCGACGUGCGUAGUAUUUCUCGCUUCUACCGACAGCGCAAGCAUUACGGGACAGACGAUCCACUGUAAUGGAGGUGUUAUUGUCAACGGCUGA